AUGGACAGGUUGAGUGAGGUAGCGAGGUUGGAGGAGGAGCUGAGGUUGGCGAGGGAAGUUAGGAAAGCAAUGGAAGUGGAGAAUGAGAGGUUGAGGAUUGAGUGCGAGAAGCAUAAGAGGGAAUUGGAAGAGUUGAGAGGAAUGAUUAGGAGUGCAGAAGAGGGAAUGAAAGAGGAAGUGAAAGGAACUGUUGGAGAGGGAGCUGUCAGAGGUACGCUUCCUGGGUCUUGUGACAGGUCAGGAGCGGUUAAGAAAGUGAAAGAACAAGUGGAUGAAAGUGUGAGUGAGGAAAGUGAAAUGGUUGUGGUAAAUGAGAAGAAAGAGAAGGUACAGAAUAAGGAUAGAUCAGAGCAGAAGGGUAAGAAGGGAGUUGAGAGUAAAGAAAGGGCUACAGGGAAGAAGAUUAGUAAGGAUGGUGGGCAAGAUAAGAAGAGAAUGAAUGCAGAUGAGAAUAGAGUUGAGAGUAAGGUACAGGAUGAGUGA